UUCUAAGGCACCGAAUCAUUUUAUCUUGAAAUGAAAAUAUUUGUUUUGCGAAUAUUACACAGAUUUAUUCUUAUCUUGGAUCACAUUUUAUACUGAAAAAUCAGUAAGAAAAAUUGACAUAGUGGUAGGCUGAGAUGAAUUUCAUAUUGUUUAUUGCACUUCUAAUAUUCGCAUUAAUUCAAAGCUCCAAUUCAAGUUGUACAGAAGAAGGAAUUUUCAAUAAUCCCAAUGAUGAUUCUUGCAGAACCUACAUAUUUUGUUUUCGCCUGUCCGGUGAUAAUAUGUUCCUACAAAAACUGUACACUUGUCCUGAUGGCACCUUUUUUGACAUGAGCAUGAAAACCUGCUUGAAAAACAACAAUUGUAAUCUUCCAACACUUCCUACAACAACUAUAGCAACAACAAAACAGCCAGAAACAUUGGAAUGUACAGCACAAGGACGAUUUCCUGACGAGAAUGAUGCAACAUGUACUCGUUAUUCUUUCUGUUAUUACCUUCCUACCAGGACGUACAUAAAAAUGGAUUAUAUAUGCCCGAUAGGUACAAAAUUCGAUCCAAAACUGCAAACUUGUAGUUCUGCAUUCAAAUGUAAUAUCAGUACCACAACAGUUACAAUUUCACCAACGACAACAGUUCAGGAAAGCUACAGCUGUACUAAACAAGGCAGGUUUGUCGUUGAAAAUGAUAGUACUUGCCGAUUAUACCACUAUUGUCUUUAUUUACCUAAUAGAAGUUACGCAGAGUACACAUACCAGUGUCCAAGUACCCUUAAAUUCGACCCAACUACUCAAAGCUGUAGCAUAAAUUAUUCUUGUCCAAAAUCUACUGUUACUCCAACAACACAAAAAAAUACCUUCAUUUGUCCUUCAUCUGGUAGAUUUCCUGAUGAUGCAGAUGCAUCCUGCAAGACUUACUUCUAUUGCGUUCAGCUACCAAAUGGAGAUAUAGCAUAUCAAACUUAUCAAUGCCCUGAGAAUUUGAAAUUCGAUCCAGGAUCACAAACAUGCAGUGAUUCUUACAAAUGUCCAAGUAAGGGUGGUACCACACCUCACGUCGAUACUACAACUUUCUCUGUACUCACCACACCGUUUGAAGAAGAAACAACUGCUUCAUAUAGUGUGCCUUCAUCUUCUGAUAUUCCAGAUAUUGUUUCCACAUAUUCAGUCACAGAUGAUUCUUCUGAUACCACAAUAACCACUGACAAUAACAGCGAAUAUACAGAUGCCUCGACUAGUAAUUCUAAUGUGACAUCAGAUUCUAUGACAGAGAUUUGCGAAUCUGUUGGUAGAUUUGCAGAUUCGUCUAGCGAGACUUUUGAAUCUUACUUUUUGUGUGCAAUGGGUCCAAAUGGUAAAUUGAUAAAUUUCAAAUAUAAAUGUGGUGCCAACGAAUUUUUCGAUCCUGAACUGAAGCAAUGUUCAUCUUCCUAUAAAUGUCAAAGUGGAGUCUCAACGAACUUCCCUGAAUUUUCUACUUCAAAUGAUAUGUUGAAAUAUUAACUUUUUCUAUAAUAGAACAAUGUAUUUCUAAGUAUAUAGAGGAGAUUAACGAUAGAAUUAUUUAUGAAAUCAAGAAUGUGGUGAUAUGAUCGAUACAUCAAUAAAUUUCUAGUUUUCCUUCACAUGUCUAUAUAUUCUCCGUUGAGAGAGAAAAUAAUAACAAAUAUGUAGAAUUGCAGUGCUUGUUAUUCUCUCAAAUAAAUAUUUAGUGAUCUAGGUAAUAAGUGAGAUUUAUUAUGAUUGCUUUGAAAUAUUUUUAAUCCCUGUUGUUGCAUAUUAUAUUUGAGUUAUUCUAGCCCUCUUAAGAUAUCUAGUUCAAGAUUAAAACAAACCUUUUUUUCGAAAGAUAUGAAGAAUAGGAGAUAUAUUCAAUAUAUCAUAAAAAGUUGAAUAAAUUCCGUUGAGUAACAACUCUCAGAUUUUUCACACGUUUGACUUAUGUCAAUAAGAAAUUGAUUUGUCAAGUGAAACUACAUGGUCCAAAAUUUUGUCAGAUAUUUGCUCCAAUGAAUCUCCCUAUUUCCGAGAAUUAUUAUUCUAUGAAGGGUUACAUGAACAAAGUGAUAUUUUAUUUAUCAACUGCCAUUAUUAUUUUCCUCUGUCUGGAUGAAGCUGAGUGUGAAACCCAAUCAAUUUGGUAUCCUGUCUGGUACACAAAAGAUCUUGGUACUGGUGCUGAUCAAAAAGUCAAGGUUGGUUCGAGAACCAUCCAAAUUCCAGUGACGUCAACUGAUACUCCAGUUCACGUAAAUUUGAACACUGAUGCUUCAGAGCGGCCCCUGUACAGAUUCCCUAACAAAGUCAAUUUCAUGGCCUUGAACAACCGGCAAUGUCUUCUGAAGAUUCCGUUCAGACAUGGCAGAAAAAGAAACGAAAGGAAAUUCAUUGCAAUAACUGAUGGCGUAUUUCCCCACCCUCAGAACAAUGAACGUUUUGUGGUUUGUCAUAAGAAGAGAAACGGAGAGGUAGAUUGCGUUGAAGUCAAAUGUUUGAAAGGAACCUAUUUCGACCCAGUUCUGAGAAAGUGUCGUUAUAAAAAAAGGAGUGUUGCAAGAAUGAAUAAUCCCACUAAGGCGACAGAAAAAUAUGAGAUGGAAAAAAAUAAGGAAUGAAAAUUUCAUUAUUGAUAUUUUAUCGUUCGGAAUUCAGUAUUCUGAAUUUUAUAUAGAACAUAAUUUCAACUCGAAUGUUUGUAUAUUUUUAUUGUGUAUAUAUAUUUUUAUGGUGAAA